AUGCAAGGAAUGAAGAAGAGAAGCGGUCCUUCCCCGCCCCCCACGCGGUGUUUCGGGUUCCCUGCGCGCUCCUCCCGCCCGCUGCCAAGUAGCCUCCCCCUCCGAGCUCGGCCCCCGCCCCGCCCCCUAGCCCCUCCCCGCGGGGAGCCGAGCGGCUGCCUAGGCGCCUCUCGCAAGGCUCCCUCACACUUCCCCGCCGUCACCCCAAAGGAGCAGCCGCUCCUCCUCGCGCCUCCAGCGCCGCCGCGGGGCCCGCGGAGCUGCACUCGCGCGCUUCGCUCCCCCGAUGGAGCCCGGGCGCCGCCGCCGCCGCCGCUGCCCCGAGCCCUGAACGGGGACGCCCCGGGCAGCAGCGACGCGCUGUUGCUGCGCGGGGCAGCGGCCGCCGCGCCCUCGGGCCCGGGAGCGCACGGCGGCGGCGCGCCGGACAAGCGCUCGGGCUUCCUGACGCUCGGCUACCGCGGCUCCUACACCACGGUGCGCGACAACCAGGCGGACGCCAAGUUCCGGCGUGUGGCGCGCAUCAUGGUGUGCGGGCGCAUCGCGCUGGCCAAGGAGGUCUUCGGGGACACGCUCAACGAGAGCCGCGACCCGGACCGGCCGCCCGAGAAGUACACGUCCCGCUUCUACCUCAAGUUCACCUACUUGGAGCAGGCUUUCGAUCGCCUGUCCGAGGCCGGCUUCCACAUGGUGGCGUGUAACUCCUCGGGCACCGCCGCCUUCGUCAACCAGUACCGCGACGACAGGAUCUGGAGCAGCUACACCGAGUACAUCUUCUUCCGACCACCUCAGAAGAUAGUGUCACCUAAACAAGAACAUGAAGAUAGGAAACAUGACAAAGUCACAGAUAAAGGUAGUGAAAGUGGGACUUCCUGUAAUGAGUUGUCCACUUCCAGCUGUGACAGCCACUCAGAGGCAAGCACUCCCCAGGACAACCCACCCAAUGCCCAGCAGGCGACAGCUCACCAACCCAACACCUUAACAUUGGAUCGCCCUUCCAAAAAAGCACCCGUGCAGUGGAUGCCCCCGCCCGACAAACGCAGAAACAGUGAACUCUUUCAGACACUCAUCAGCAAGUCCCGGGAAACAAAUCUAUCCAAAAAGAAAGUCUGUGAGAAGCUAAGUGUGGAAGAAGAAAUGAAAAAGUGUAUUCAGGAUUUUAAAAAAAUCCAUAUUCCAGAUUAUUUUCCAGAGCGCAAACGCCAGUGGCAAUCCGAACUGUUGCAGAAGUACGGGUUAUAGUAAUCGUCACAUUCUUGCAGUAUUUCAAUGACAUUCGAUGUUUACUGCCGUGUCGCCACCUGACCGUAUCCUAACAACGGUCAGUGUGAUUCUUGCUGCUCUUCCUUUUUGUGAACAGUGGAUGUGGGACAGUACUUUCUUUCAUUCUUUUUUGUUGUUGUUGUUUUUAGAAAUAUGAUUUUGAAAAAAAACAAUAAUGUUUAAUCAAAAUGACAUAUGUGAUUCAAACCAUUUUGCAAGAAUGAAAGUAAUAUGUGCAUGAUCAAGACGAUUAGAAUCUUGAUUUUUGAACUGUGGUCAACUGGAUACGUUUGUCAUUUUGUAACUCACCGGAAAUAAGUCAUCAUAUCACUCCAACUAAAAUGACAAUAUGGAUGAAGCAACAUCAAGUAAAAUGUUAGAUAAUGGUUUUGGGACCCAAAUCCAAAACUGUUUAAAUGUUAAUGCAAUAAAACAAGUAUUAUUUUUGCAUGAACACAAUGUUACAAAUAAAUCACAUGACAUAGGGAAGAUCUGUUUGUUGCUUGGAAAGAAAUAAAAUUACAAAAAAAAUAAAGCAAAAAAAAGUUUCAGGCAAAGCCUAUAAAUGUAAACUGUCUAAGAGAUUGAUUUUAUUUGUCUGGAUCUGUGACUUUUUUGUGUAUGUGUAUGGUGUUCUGUAUGUUAAGAUGGUGUAAAUAUGCCUUAUGCUAUUGUGUUAUGGCACUGACAUUCAUCUAUUAAUGCUAGUCAUUAUUUCUGUGAAAUGAGUCCCUUACAUCAGGCUGUGAAAAUUGGUAUAAUAAUGCUCUGAAAGAUCCUAUUAUCAUGUUAAUCAAAGUAAUUGAGGGAAAUGGUAAAAAGCUUUAUGUAUUUAUUAAAAAAAGGAAAUAUAUUGGAA